AUGGCGCGAUAUGAUCGAGAACAGCUGGUGAUCAUCGGUAAGAUUGCAGAUCAUUCGAGUGUAACGCCAUCAACUGCAGGCACCGUAUACAAACCGUCCAAAGACGAUAUAAACAUCACGAAAGACGACAUAUGUGAGCCAUCUAAACAAUUUGUUGGAAAAGAUGCAAAUGGUCUGAAAUGGUUCGAAACUAAUAUUUUUGAUCUCAUCAUACGAACAUAUCAAGACUUGCGGGCAAAGCUCAUCGGCAAAAGAAAGGUCGAAGUUAAUAAUCACCGGAGAAUUGGAGAUCAACGAAAGUAUUGUGAAAUCCAUCAUUUCGAUUUCGUGUCUCAAAUAGGAGCUAAAACCGAAAGCUACAAAAAGACGAAGCAAACAAAACCUGUCGAAGAUCAACCUAUAAUUCCUUCGCUAUCUCACAUCGAACCACCAUCUCCGGCCACUCUGGCUUCAGAUAGCUCUUCCUCUACUCCGAUCACCACCAUUCAAUAA